GGAGCUUUUUCUCCCUUUGAGCUCUGGUUUUUUUGGGUAUUUUAAUCCUGGGAUCUGAUUUUGUCCCCGUAUUGGGAGGAUCCAUUAUCUUUCUCCCCACCCCCUCCUCUCACCCCUCCCCUCCCUCCCUCUCUCUCUCUCUCUAUCUUACUCUCUCCAUAGCCCGGUGGAGGAGGAGGAGAUCAGCUUUGGAUGCAAUCUUCUUCUUCUUCUGCCUGCCCCCCACGAGGAGCACACCCUCGCCCCCAGGUCUUCCCUCCCCUCCCUCACUCCCUUCCAUUUUCUUAUGACCUGGCCUGCCUUGCUCUGCACCUCCGUCUCCCUGCGGCUGCACCCUCUCUUCUUCUUGCAUAUUGAUCAGGAAGCCACGGUCGCAUCGGUAACGCGCUAGCGGAGCGUCUUCGAGGGGUUUCAUGUUGGUUUAACAAGGAGGUUGGAUCCCCGCAAAAUAAAUAAAUUGCAGGAGGUUGGAUUGAUCUUCUACUGAAACUUGCUACUGGUUGUUAAUAAUAUCUAUGCUUCACGGUGAUCUUGGUCAGUAAAAGAGAGAUGGCUACUUACUACUCGAGCCCUGGCAGCGAAAGAGAGUCGCAAGACAUGUACUCGAGAGACCCGGGCGGUGCAUCCUAUCCGAUGUCGUCUGCUCUGGGCAACUUGCUCUAUCUGAACAAUCCGUCUUCUGGGCCAUACACUGAGUUCAGUGGCAUUCUGCAGACUCAGCAGAAUUUCAUGGAGAUGCCUGGCCAUGGCCAUCAUUCUGCAAUGUCCCAGGACUCAUCGGCAAGGGAGUCGCAGGACAUGCUUGCUUCCCACCAUGGGCAGCGCUCGUUCGGUCAUGUGAAAGAUAUGAAGAAUGAGAUGUUGAUGCAUAUGAUGGAUGGAGCACAGAGUGGUGGUGCUGAACUCAUCCAUGAUGAUCCCCACAAUGGUGCACAGUUCGAGUUUGGUGUCCUGAACAACCAUGACUCGUCGGAUGUUCCGGUAGGUCAAGGUCAAGGGCAAGGCCAAGGGCUGUCUCUGAGCCUCAACACACAAAUCCUCGCGCCGUCCUUGCCAUACUGGUCUAUCAAACCAGACAUGUUGACGCCAAACUCGUACCAGGAAAGCCUUAGAAUAGACGACAUCCGGAUGAAGAACAUGCAGUCUGAGGCCUCUCGUGCGAUCCGGCACUCAAGGUAUCUCAAGGCAGCUCAAGAAGUGCUAGAUGAAGUUGUGAAUGUUUGGAAGAACAUCAAGCAGAAAGCUCAGAAAGAGCAAGCUGAACCAGGUAAAGCAGAUGGCAAAGAGACCGAUGGAGGGCCAAAAAGUGAGGGCGCAUCGCAAGAAUCCGGCGCAAAUGCAGCACCUGAGCUGUCCACUGCUGAGAAGCAAGAGCUUCAGAACAAGAUGGCCAAACUGAUGGCAAUGUUGGAUGAGGUGGACCGGAAAUACAAGCACUAUUACCACCAAAUGCAAAAUGUGGUUGCAUCUUUUGACAUGGUGGCUGGGCCCGGAUCUGCCAAGCCUUACACCGCAGUUGCUCUGCAGACAAUCUCGCGACAUUUCCGGUGCUUGAAGGACGCUAUCAAUGAUCAGAUCAAUGUUAUCAGGAAGAAGCUCGGCGAGGAAGAAAAUUCGUCUAGCAAGGAAGGCAAAUUGACCCGUCUUCGGUACAUUGAUCAGCAGCUAAGGCAACAGCGUGCUUUCCAACAGUACGGUAUGAUUCCUCAGAAUGCCUGGAGACCACAGAGGGGACUACCUGAAAACUCGGUUACAGUUCUUCGCGCUUGGCUCUUUGAACACUUCCUUCACCCGUAUCCAAAAGAUUCUGAAAAGUUGAUGCUUGCAAGGCAGACUGGCUUGACAAGGAGUCAGAUUUCGAAUUGGUUCAUAAACGCUCGUGUCCGCCUUUGGAAACCAAUGAUUGAAGACAUGUACAAAGAAGAGACUGGUGAUCUGGAGCAAGACUCCAACUCUUCCUCCGACAAUGUGUCGAGAAGCAAGAACAAAGUGGCAUCUUCAGAAGAGAAUGAAGAUCUGAAGAACGCCAGGGCUCGGGUUUGCGAAACCAGCCAGCUAAGCGAUUCGAGAGCCAGCAUCGGAACUAUGAAUGUUGGCGGGGCACCUGUUAGCUUCCAGAACGAGGCCAACCCUGAUGACAGUUUCAUGAACCUGAUGAUGAAGGAUCAGCGAUCCGGUGAGGCGGAUGGAGGCCUCCUCCUCCACAACGCCGUCGCGCAGCACUCGGACGAGAACGCGCGGUUCAUGGCCUACCACUUGGCAGAGCUUGGGAGGUACGGGAACGGCAACGUAUCACUGACGCUGGGCCUACAGCACUCUGGCAGCGGCCUGUCGGUUCCAAAUGCCCAAGCAAACUUCCCCGGUGUCAGUGACGAUGACAUCUACAAUGCCGGUGCUCCUCUCGGUGUUAGCAUUGCAUCUUCAGACUACGAAUCUUUGAACCAGAUGGAUCAGCGGCAACGCUUCGAGCAAUCGCCUCUUUUGCAUGAUUUUGUGGCCUGAAUGAUGAUGAUACGUCAGAUCAGGACCAUUGACACAAAGAUUGGGUGGGGGGUGACAGCAUUUGUAAAACUCCUAGUGGCAGAAUAAUAACAUGCCUACAAGAGCAUGGGGUUGUAGUUUGUAGUUGCCAUUUGAUACAGGAGAGGGGGUAUAGCAGGAAAUGUAAUAUAAAGCGUAGGUGGUGGGGGUGAUAGGGGGUAAAGAUGGAAAAUCUUUUGUUGUAAAGAUAAAAUGCAAUUUACUAUACGUGUAAAAGCUUGUUCUCAGUAUUGUAAA